CGUGUGGUGUCUGCUUGAGCCAAGUUACUUAUCAACAUAACCUUAACUAAUAAAAGUUCAUCAUUGGCUUUGUGCAUUUUAUUACAAUUGUUUAUGAAAUAUUUUUAAAAUGGGAGUUACUGAGUUUCAAGGUGUUAUAAUGGCCGGUGGAAAAGGUUCAAGGAUGACUGAAUUGACAGCUAAAAGACCAAAAUGUCUUCUUCCAAUCGGAAAUUUUCCUAUGGUCUGGUAUCCCAUACGCUUGUUUGAAAGAUCUGGGUUUGAAGAAGUAAUCAUUGUUGUCCUGGAGUCAAUUAAGAAUGAAGUUCAAACAGCAUUAGAACGUACUGGUUUGAAAAUUCGCCUAGAGAUUGUUGGAAUUCCUACUGGAGAAGACUGGGGUACUGCAGAUACACUACGGCAUUUGGAAGAUAUUAAUAGAAUUAAGUCCGAUGUGAUUGUGGUUAGUUGUGAUCUAAUCACAGACGUUGAUCUGUCGGCUGUACUUAACUUGUUUCGUCAGCAUGAUGCAUCCUUGACCAGCUUAUUUUUCCAGCCAACGUUAGCAAAGUACCCUCUACCCACACCUGGGCCUAAGUCCAAGGACAAACCUGAACGAGACUUGGUAGCAAUCGAUCCCACCACAUCUCGUCUGGUAUUCCUGGCGUCUGCAAGUGAUUACGAGGAAACUCUGACACUCUCACGCGGUUUGUUGAAGAAACACGGACAAGUUCGUCUGUAUUCUCGCUUGUUGGACGCACACCUCUAUAUUAUGAGGAGAUGGUUAUGUCAGUACUUAACUCACAACAGGAAUAUGAGUUCUCUGAAGGGAGAGCUAGUGCCUUACACAGUCAAGAAACAGUUCACUCGGCCGUUGUCUAAAUUUGAGCAGGAGAAGGCGCCGUCAAUAGUCAUCUCGCGCCCUAAAGUAGAACUAGUAGAAAUGGCUGAAGAGUUGAAGCUGGCUCUAAAGGUGAGAGACAUGUCCAAUUUCACCGAUCACCAUGGGGACAAGAGCGGCGCCUACCAUGGAGAUGAAGUGCGUUGCUACGCGUUCAUCGCGCCUGAGACCUCCUUCGCUACUAGGGCCAACACUCUACCAGAGUACUGUCGGAUGAACAGAGAGAUUGUGGAGCGAUGGUCAGCACUAUCAGGGGGACAGGAUAUAGCUGCAGUCGCCUCAACAGCCACAGUGGCUAGCAACCAGCUGGAUCCAUCGUGUCUGGUGGGCGACCGAGCAGUGGUGUCCGAGCGUACCGCGGUCAAGGGCUCCGUACUUGGACCGCAGACCACGAUCAGACCUCGUACCAGGGUCUUCAACAGCAUCCUCAUGGCUGGCGCCAGCGUCGGUGAAGGAUGUGCGGUGGUCAACUGUAUUCUCUGUGAUGAGGCUGUUGUUGAGGAUGGGUGCGACCUAAAGGAUUGUCUGGUCGGAAGUCGACAAAUAGUGCCUAGUGGAGAAAAACAUUCCAAUGAAGUUCUGACAGAUGAUGAGCAUCUCAUUGAAAUCCUGUAAACCAUCUGCAUCUUAUGUUGACACUGCAUCUAGGGUACGAUGAUUUGUAAAAAUUUAUAGAAUAAAAAAGUUUUAUUACCUUGUA